AUGACAGUUGCUGACACGGGGGAAGCCAAAGGAACAAAGCGCUCGCCGUCCAGCAUAUAUACCAAGUCCAAGAAGAUCGGUCGGCCUUCCCACGGAGGCGCCCAGUGCUCUCACUCUGGUUGCCUCAACAAAGCCCAAACCAAAGGCAAGUGUCGAACGCAUACUAGAAAUGGCAUGUGUUCGCAUGACGGAUGCGACAAACAGGCUCAGUUCAAGGGAUUGUGCGCUGGUCAUGGUGGAAGAAGAGUUUGCUCUAAUCCAGGAUGCGACAAGAAGGUUGCGUCGAAAGGGAAGUGUAGGGGCCACGGAGGAGGAACACCAAGUACGUAUCGGAAGAAACGUAAAUCGACUCGGUCAGGUGGAGACGCAUGUAACCAGCGUGAAUGCGCCACGUUCUCUAUGUUGGCAUCGACGGCUGCGGUGAUGCCGCCAGCCUCAUUCGCGGACGGUGGGUCCAUGGUGUCACUACUGCUGGGAGAGCCACACCACGUGGUCGCUGGAAACAUAGCGACGCAUCCUACUCAAGCACAAGACGUGUACACAGUUCUCGUGAUCGUGUGUUCAGACCCGUUCCCAUUAAAAGUGGCAAUGCAUCGAAUCGACGGACGAACAGGCGAGAGGAAGCUGUGGGGAAACUCGAACCCUACGAACGCCAAGCUCUUUCGAUGCGCUGGUGAAUACAAUCCUGAGGUCGAGCGAGCAGCCAACGUUCCGCUUAAGAAAGGCAUGGAUCACGCCGAGAUUAUUGAGUUGAUUCGACUUGGUCAAGACAUACAUCGUCAGAAGUGCCGAGAGAACCAAAGGCGAUUCCGCAAGAAACAAAACAGCUGGAUCAUUGACAUAGAGAAGACCAACGAGCAACUGCGUGUCGAGGUUGCAGAUCUGACGAGACACCAUCAACGAAUUACGGCGACUUUACUCGGCAAGAAUAGUAUCUGGGUGGUGGGGUCGCGAUAUUUUCGACUCUUUCGCCAUGGCCUUGCCCUUGGGUCCAAAAAAGCGUCAAAGUUUAAUCAACAGCUCGACUUCAUCCAGUCGAAAAUGACCCCCGACGUGGCGACUAGCGUUGGUUACGGACCUGAAUCGGGUCAGUAUGGCCCGAGUAUUUGA